AUGCGGGAUCACUUGGAGACAGUGUUUCCGACAGAAACUGCCGAGGGAAUGGACCGACGUCAGGGCGUGCUACAAGAGUUGGAGAGAAUGUUCCAUGAUUGGAUGUCCAAGCUGUGCGUGGAAGCAAACCUUCCCGAGGAGGAGAUCAGAAAGUCCACCGUCAAGAUCACAACAUUGGGCUCUUACAGGCUUGGGGUUGUGCAUCCUGGCAGCGAUAUCGACACGUUGUGCAUUGCACCGCCUGUCAUUCGCCGGGAGGAUUUCUUCUCAACGUUUGCCAGCCAGCUGGAGCAGCACGAAGAUGUAACGGAAUGCGUGCCGAUUCCCGAUGCGUACACGCCGAUCGUCAAGCUGAAGAUGCGUGGAGUUUGCAUCGAUCUCCUGUUCGCUCGGCUAGCGCGGGCACCAGAGGCAGAACUAGCAGAAGAGGUUGUAAAAGAGGACGAGGUCCUCAAGAAUAUGGAUGAGAAGAGCGUACGGUGCCUGAAUGGAUUUCGUGUGGCAGAUCAAAUCUUGAAUCUGGUUCCAGACCAGGAGACCUUUCGACGGACGCUCCGGUUUAUAAAGUACUGGGCCAGGAGAAGAGGUGUCUACUCCAACAUCGUUGGCUUCUUUGGCGGGAUUACAUGGUCUCUAUUGGUGGCCAGGAUCUGCCAGCUCUAUCCAUAUUAUGCACCGAACCAGCUCAUCAACAGGUUUUUGUCAGGUUGCAGGCAUUCGGUGCGUGGCCGUAUACAACCAGAUCCGCACAUCCAUGUCUUGCGGCCCCUUGUAGCCGGGAAGCCGGCUUCGCCAAUGGCGCAGCCACCCUCACCAAGGCAUUUCAUUCCGACACCACCCGAAGAGCCUCGACAGCGUCCGCGGCGGCCUGUUCAUGCAUUCCAGGGCAAGAGCUCCUCGCAGAAAGAUGUCAGCCAGUCCAGACCAUCAUUGGGGAACCAGACACGGACGGCCCCACCAACGCCGGACGAGUCUUCGGCAUCGAGGGAGAAGCGAAGGACAGAGCAAGAAGCAGAGGUGUCGGAUGUGGACCUGAAGAAGAUCAAUGAGCAAUUGGCGAAGCGGAAGCCCUCAAUACACGGUGGGCGGAGUUUCUUCAAAUGGUCCUUCCGGUUCUUCCGCUUGUACCACCAAUGGAAUUGGACAAGGCCCGUGACACUCUGCGACAUCGUUGAUCCAGCCAAUGUUCCGGGAAUGACUUCGUUCAAGGUCUGGAACCCAAAGACCAAUCCGGCAGACCGACAACAUGUGAUGCCUGUGAUAACGCCCGCGUUUCCAUCAAUGAAUUCCACUCACAAUGUGACCGAGACGACAAAGCGAAUCCUGCUGGAUGAGUUCAAGCGGGGCUUCGAGUUAGUGCAGAACGUCGAAGGCAACAAGGCAGAAUGGAGCGACGUUUAUGCCCCAUUUCCGUUUUUCGACGAGUUUAAGCAUUUCCUCAUGAUCGAGAUCCUGGCAACGUCUGAAGAUGUGUACAACAAGUUCAGUGGCUGGGUGGAAAGCAAGCUCCGGAUUCUCGUCAUGCAGUUGGAAGCGGUCAAUGGGAUGCGAAUUCAUCCAAAUCCCCUACAGUAUACUCUGCCAAAAGACGGCGAUGCCAAUUGGCCAUUUGGGUGCGGCAUGUUCUUGGGAUUGAUGUUUACACCGGAAGCUGGAGCGCAGCCCGACCUGCAGAUCGACCUGCGUCCUGCAAUCACAGCUUUCAUGGAGGUCAUUCUGUCCUGGGCCGACCGAGAUGCCAACGUGGGUCAGUUCCGGAUGCGGUUGAAGCGAUUGGCUGCGGCAGACCUGCCCGAGUACGUAACG